UUCUGCCAAUUCAGAACUCGAAAUGGCCGUAUGUCCUACCUGUGUUUCUUGAUCAUCAUUCGAUAUCUUUUCUUCGUUUCCUCUGAGUUCAUCUUUACCUCGCUCAAUUGUUUUUGACCGUUGAAUACCAUUUGGAUGUUUAAAUGUUUGGUUGAGGUCCGAUUUUUGUUUUUCCAACACGAAAUUUAUGCUGUCUUGGUCCUUUCAGGACGAUUUUUAGUGUAAAUCAAUCUGUUGCAUUUAAAACUGCGAAUACGUCACUUUUACUUGAAAAGGAAUGUCUUUGGGAAUUCGUACUUCGCCAUUCAUGUUGCAGAGUUUGAGACUGAAGAAAUUGACAGAUCGAAUUCAUGCCCUUGAGGCAAAGUUACAAAGCGUAAACAAUGAAAAUGCAAGGCUGAAAGUAAAACAGGGUGAAGAUUCAAAGAUAUGGAGUAGUUUGGAUUAAAAAUGAUGCUUAAAUGAGUCAUUGCCUGAUCAACUGAGAGAGGCUCUGCAGCGACUUGCUCAGCAGGUGGAGGAAGGUAGCAGCCGUUGUUUUCUUGGUAUAGUGCAUUUGCAUCUGAACUUAAAUCCAGUAUUUCCUUGAAGAGUUUGGCUGUCUGGUUUAGCCAUAAGAGGGCGUUACACAAAAAAAAAAAAAUGAUAUUAUUUCGUUUUGAGAAGCUGAGAGAGACAAGAAGUGCUUCGAGAAUAAAUUGGCUGCGAGUUCAGUAGCAUUCGAUGAUUUAAACAUAAAGCUGAAUUCAUUAACCUUCAAGCUGGAAUGUGCAGAUAGUGCUUUCACUGUACAAAUGUACGUUUCCAAAGGAUUAAAAAAAAAAAAAACCGGCUGCUGUCUCAACCGUACUUUCUGAAAAUGUUAGUUGCUUUUUCACUUUUAAAAAAUCAGUUAAUAGAGCUUUGCAGGGACCGGGAUGAUGUAACUUUGCAAAUCAAGGAGGAACGUGAAAUUGCAAGGGAGAAAAUUCAGAAAUCUCAACUUGAAUUGGAGAACGCUUCAGAUCAAAGGAGACUGAAUUGAUGGCCACAAUUGCUGAGCUAGAAGAGAAAGUAUCAGUCAUCAAAAACCUUGAGUAAAUUUGAAGAUCAAAAGGUAUGACUGGAUAUUACUUGGUUAAAAGUUCUGCAUUGUGGCCCAUCUCUGAGAGAUUGGAAUUUCAGCAAGAGUUAAAGAUGCAAAUCUUGAGUUUGGAAUCACUCAACCGAGAUGCUCAAGAAAAACAGGGUCUCUGUUGCAGGGAAAAAAAGAUGAAAUUGAUGCUCUUCAUGAAGAUAUUGAGAAGAAUUGCAAGCGUGUGGAAUCAUUGGAGAUCCAAAUCAGGCUGCUUCGUGUUCACUGUUCAGCUGGAUGACAGGGAAAAGGUUGAAUUGAAUCUUAAAGAAAAGGAGAAGGAAUUGGUUGGGAACAUUGUGCAGGUGCAGUCGUCACUUAGUGCUGUUGAGUGCUCUCUUGCUGAAGCCAAAAAGAAGUAUGUGAUGAUGCUGGAAGCCAAACAGUUAAAGAGUCACUGAGGCACUUAAAGGAGAUUUCUCAAAGAAAUGAUCGGGUACCUUUCUCCUGACAACGGACUGAUGGCAACUACUUUUCUUUGCAAGAAAGGUGAUCAUGCUACUGUUUUCCGAGGAAUGCAUCCGGAUGAAAUAUGAGCUGUUGAAAUGGGAAAUCAUCAAGUUGGAGAAGGAAGAGGUCCCUCCUUCCCUAGUUGUAUUGGUCCUUUGGUCUAGUUAUGGGUGCUUGUGGCUUUGUUAGACUAUCCUGAGUUAUACUAGUCUCGAAAUUAGGCAAAACAAUAUUUUGACUGAAACUGAGAGGGAACAUGACGAAGCACUGAAGCAACUCCGCGAAAAGGAACUCGAGCAUCUUUCUCAGGUUAAGGAUGAGCAUGAUGCUUUGGUAGGUUUUAGUUAGAAAAGUUGUAUGUUCUAUGUAAAGGAACUAGACAUGCUUCUGGUUUAGUAGCAUGUGCUGGUGAUUUCACUAGUAGAAAAUGGUUACAAUUAAAUCCAUAUAUUUUAUAUUUCA